AUGCGAGCCCAGCGCCUUCUAACGCUGUGCCUCGUUGCCUGCCUGCUGGUGAGUGCGAGGCUUUCUCCGGGCGCCGCUGCUCCGGCGCAAAUGCUGCUCCCGAGCAGCGCCGGCGCCGCGGACUUGCCUACGGGAGAUUAUUCCCCCACCCGCGAAAGAGUUCGUUUCCGCCGCUUGACCCCGCGGGUCUCCCUGCCGCCGGGUGCCGGGGGGACCUCAGGCAAGGAGGUGGUGGUCGAGCUGAUCGCCCUGCGUGGAAGACCCUCGCCUCGCUUCGCCUGCGAACAAGUCCGGGCAAGUGCCUUACUCUAUAGAGGCCCGGCGCGCUUGCUGGAGACGCGUGCGCUUACGAUGCUUGAAGUUUCUAAUCGGCGUGAAGCCAUAAUGGCAAGACUUCCUCAAAUGCCAGAUCCAGAGGUCACUGCCCCGAUGGUACCAGACGAUGAGACCAAGGAGUUCUAUAUUCCUUAUGGGAAUAAUGAAAAACAUAAGUGCAAGAAAUGCCCUGCAGUUACUUCCUACAUUUUCUGCUUUCUUCCAGGUUCUUAUGUCCUUGAGCCCUGUAAAGUCCCCAGAACUGAAGGGAUUUGCCAACCCUGUGAAAACGGCACAUUUGCCAACAACUUGAAUUCAUUUGACAGAUGCUUUUUUUGUCAAGUCUGCAGGACUUUAGAUGAGGUAGAAAUAAAGAAGUGUACUGCAACCACAGAUACUGAAUGUGCCUGCAAAAAUGGUACCUUCUGCUCUCCCAGCGAGCCAUGUGAAACUUGCCAUAGAUGUAUGCAAAGCUGCCAUCCUGGAGAAAAAAAGGUGCAGGACUGCACGCCUACAAGUGACAUCCAGUGUCUUCCUGCUGCAACCCCAUCACCUCCAACAGGUAGACCAAUAUCAUGUGGAUGUGAGAGGCAGUAUGUUUUCUGCUAUGGUGCUAUUCCUAAGAUGAAUUUUCAUACAGAACAAGAAGGAACUGUAACAACACGUUGCUGUGAUGAGGGAUGGGAUACUUGCUUGCAAAAGUCUCUGGAGCCCCAAGAAAUAGAGCUUCCCAUUUAUAAGGACGAGCUACUAAGUUACGCCACACUUGAUUCUGGAAAAGUCCUUCAGAGUGCCCCAAAGCUUUCCCAUAGCAACCAUCACCUUGAGCAUUUGUUUUGUUUUCUUCAGGACAUGAGAGCCAGCACUGAGGACCAUCAUACCCUCUCUUCUUCCUCCUCCUCCUCCUCCUGUAGAACCUUUUGCAUUCAUCUCACUCAUAAUGUAUCAUCUUCCUUUCCAGCUCUGAGUCGAUCUUUUGACAUCUUCAUUAGAGAGGUGCCUUUGAAGGAAUGGAAGAGAUUCAUGAGGACCCUCAACUUGACUGUUAAUGAAAUUACUUCUGCGGAAAUGUCUGGAAGAUAUGUGAAUGAACAGUGUCAUGAAAUGCUCCGGACCUGGCUGGACAAGAGAGGGCAGGCAGCAUCCGUGAAUGUUCUUCUGAAGGAGCUCUGUGGCAUGGACCUCAGGGGCAUUGUGGAAAAAGUCAAAUCAGCCCUCAUCGCUGAAGGUUUAUAUGUCUAUGAAGAGUGAGUUCUUAGCCAGAUGGCCCCUUCCAGAACUCACUUGUGAAACGUCUUGAAACCAGUGUUUGCCCACCUGGCAGAGUGGGAAGGAGAAGAUGUUGAAUUACCAGUUUCUUCUUACCAAGCCAUAUAUUGUUUACAUUUCAAAAUGACAAAAACCAGCAGGUGGCCUUCUGUGCACCGCCUUUCCAGUGCUGGCAGCUGGGGCUGAGCUGCACAUUAGACCCAAAGCCAAAAGGUCCUUUCAGAGCAGAUGUGGGUGUGCCAGCCACAAUCGUUGGCAUGUCCUUACAGAAAUGGUGUCUCUUCCUAGGCUUUGCAUGGCAGCCAUUCGAUCCCAGGAAAAUACACUCUUGCAUUUGAAGGCUGUUCCAGUCUUUUCUGUACAGACAAUAUUCUCUCUAGUGAAAAGAUUUUUUUUCCCAUGAAUAUUAUUUCAGUGCCAAACUUUUCCAGUUAAUGGUAUGAAUUUUUUUUUUUUUUAAAUGAUUUGUCUUAGGUAAAUUUUGAUAAGCUGAAAGGUGCCUUUUGGAUUUGAGGUGGACAAAGGA